CGCCCAAGUGGAUGUGCCUGCGUUUUCAUUGUAAGUCAUCCUUACUGUAAUCAUGUGAUGACCGGUGUUUACUUUCUUCUCAGCUGUCAAUGAGAGCGCUGGCGUUGAACGAAGCUGAACCACUGACGACGUAACCUCGGACACGCUAUGAGCUUAGACCCGAGUUGAUAACCUUUAGUCAAGACUACUAACGCAGGCUUUCCCGCUAUGAAUAUAUAAUCCCACAAGUGUCGCUUAGGAUUACCACAUCCACUUUUCAUUCACUUGCUCGCCACAUGUCCUUGCAAAUGUGGCGCAGCUUCCGCCUCAGCUGCUCGAAGAACACCCUGAACAUGAGGGGUACAGUGCCCACUACCCAGUAUACAUCUGCAACUGGGUCGCAUCCACCGAAUCUACACUUUUAUACAUCUUUUGAAUAUUUUCUACGACUGUCACUCACAUGGCCCUGCACUUAGAGCCCAACGGUCUCUACCUCCUCCUAGCAGAUCGAGAGUCUAGCUCGACAUUCCACUGGGGUCUCUGCCUUGCCAAAUCCCCGACCGAUGGCACCAUUUUUAAUAUCACCAACUUCCCCAAUCGAAAUGUCUACAGCUAUGAGAUCAAGUCGGACCAAAAGGUCAUCUCUUCCGGGCGAUACCUUCUGGCGCUGAAGGUGGGAGAUCUGCACCCCGCACUGCACGGCCCGUUGGAGACCCGCUUGUCGGAGAUCCCCAUCCAGUACUCGACGCGCUUUCAUGAAGCCAUGACUUGUCGUGUUUGGGUGAAAGAGGCCCUCUUCGCGUUAGAUGAUGAGGGCUACAUUAAGCUUGUUGAAAACAUCAAUGGUAUUGAAGCGGAGGCUAGGUUUGCUGCGAUGUUGAAUAAAGCCAAUGGAAAGAGAACUGUGGGCAAAAGUCGUGGAUACGUCUUAUGAUGCAGGAGUUGAGCAGUAAUGGUUGGUGCAUGAAGUGUUCAUGUGUGGAUUUUAGUGACUGGUUAGUGGUUGACAGUACAGUUCUUCGAAGCGAUGUUUAUGUCUUCACUGCUUGAUCUAUUUUUACCCUGUCUCCUUGACUAUUGCGACCUUCAUUCUUCUCUCCAGCCGAAACAGAGGGGAUAAAAGCCUGUAGUAACUCAAGAUACUGAACCGCUGAGUAGAG